CUCCGAUGUCAAUUCGGUAUUCGGAGUUUAUUCGUCAGUUCGUCACUUCUAAUUGCACGAGAGACACCGGCGUAGCCAUUCCUGCCACUCUCGGGCUCUCUGCUGACAGAAAAAAUCAUCGGUGUCCUUCGCAAAGAAUGUGAAUCCAGAUGAAUAUCUCAUAUACCGUGGGUGCAUUCGCGAUAAGACGGUGAACUAGGAUCGGGAGUGAGUUUUGUGAUCGCUCGCUCUCCCUGUCGCAUGAACACCAUGGACGAUAGACGAAAUAACCGCGAAGUGGUGACGGUAUUAUUCCUGUGCCUGCUAUGGUACGUGGUAUCCAGCAGCAGCAACGUUGUCGGUAAGAUGCUGUUGUCCGAGUUCCCGUAUCCGCUCACCGUCACCAUGGUCCAAUUAACCUCGAUCACUCUUUAUUCCGGCCCGUUCUUCAAUCUCUGGGGCGUGAGACGAUAUUCGUCCAACAUAACGUGGAGCUAUUAUUUGCGGCUCAUCGUGCCCUUAGCCUUAGGCAAAUUUCUCGCAAACGUGUUCAGCCACGUCAGCAUUUGGAAAGUACCAGUUUCCUAUGCCCACACUGUGAAGGCUACAAUGCCCCUCUUUACGGUAGCCCUAUCAAGAAUAAUACUUCGAGAACAGCAGACAUGGAAAGUCUACUUGAGCCUUGUACCAAUAGUCGGUGGCGUAGCGAUUGCCACACUGACAGAACUUAGUUUCAACAUGAUUGGCCUGAUAAGUGCGUUAGCAUCUACUAUGGCAUUUUCCUUGCAGAAUAUUUAUUCCAAAAAGGUGCUGCAUGAUACAGGAAUACAUCACUUACGAUUACUGCACGUACUCGGCCGUCUGGCUCUACUUAUGUUUUCACCAAUUUGGGCUGUAUAUGAUCUGUAUAGUUUGAUAUAUGAACCGAUGCUGAAACCAUCAACAGAGACUAGCUAUUAUAUAUUAGGAUUGUUGUUUUUAGAUGGUAUAUUGAACUGGUUUCAGAACAUUAUUGCGUUUUCCGUACUGUCUAUCGUAACUCCUUUAACAUACGCAGUAGCCAGUGCAAGCAAGCGUAUAUUUGUAAUCGCAGUAACGUUACUUGUACUUGGCAAUCCAGUUACAUGGUUGAAUAUAUUUGGAAUGACUAUGGCCAUAUUUGGAGUAUUAUGUUACAAUAAUGCUAAAUACAAUCAAAGAUUGGAGAAACAAAAGGAGACAAUUCUUCCAAAAUAUUAUAAUUCGACUCAGAAUGGUACUAGCAGUUCCUUUAUGGUAAAUGGAUUUGCCAGUAAACAACAUCAAUUACUUGCAAUCUAGUCUCAAUUAUUUAAUUUUAUUUUAUUUUGAUAAAUUCAUGUGACUUUCUAUAUCAAUGAAAUCCUUUUUAUUUAUGUAUGAAUUAGUUUCUUUCAUAUAAUAAAAUACUAACAUAAUUUGUUAUGCUUGCAUAUGAUCAGAGAAAAUAGAUAGAAGAAACUCAUGACCAAUUAGUAAUUGAUCAGUAAUUGACAAUUACUAUGUGUGUAUUUUUUAUUUAUAUAAGUAUUGCAGAAAAAUGUGAUUUAUAUUUCUCGAAUUUAAUCGCGAAAAUCAAUAUUUCUUAGCAAAUAAAAAUAUUCUAUAUUUUCGUACUAUGCUCAUUGUCAUGAAUUCGAUUAGUUUCUGUAUUUUAAAGAUAAACCUGCUGGAAAGGUAUAAUUGCAUCGUUUAAAAAUAUGAUCUUUUAGCUGAUUGCUGGUACAAUUAGCAUUAAUCAUAUGAAACUGAUUACAUUCCCACAAAUCAAUACUUAGUAUAUACGAAAAGUAUACAAUAUAUUUUGACAUCUUGUAUUCUUACAUAUUUGAUGCAUUGUUUAUUAAUAUAUAGAAACUACAUUGUGAAAAUUGUGUUAAAUAAUCUAAAUAAUUAAACAGUUGCAAUACGGUUUAUGUACUUGUGAUUUAGACAGAGUAUAUUCAGUGUUCCAGUUUUA